UUGCAGAAAAAAUCGAAAAAAACAAAAAGUAAUCAAUUUUUUGCAUAAUUAUUAUUAAUUAAUCGUCCUUCGUUGGUGGAUUGUGCAUUGAUUUAUACGUUGUUCAUAGUUCAAAACGCAGUUUCAGGUUUGAUUGUAAUGCUAACAAACUGUAUUCACCGUCACAUGGCGAUCUAGUGAAAAAUUUCGUGUGUUAUUGUACCUGUGCGCUGCGCGUUCUUCGUUAUAAUUUGUAUGUAAAUCUGCGCGAUCGGACUCCAUGUCUUUAUUCAUUAUCUACAAUAUUUCACAUCGAUGCGGUCAAUUUUGUCGAUUUAAUCGGUAUCCAGCGAGAAGACCAACGUGAAUAACACUUUGUAGUUGCAGUCGUUAAAUAAGAGUACCGAAUUCAAACACGAUGACUGUUCGGUUGCUGACCUACAAUUAGCCAGUUGACCAUUUAAACGAUGAUAAUUUAGUGAAAUUAGUCCUUCUUUGAUUGCAAGAUGUUUGUAUUCAAAUUAUUUACCUUUUAUAGUUUCCAUUUCAACGAAUCGUGACAAUAUCUGAAAAAAUUCAUUAGUGAUAUCGAUUACAGAACGUAGUAAUGAUGAAUAACAAAUGCAGUAUCGCUAGCCCCGCUGCUAGUGUUAUUCCAAAUAACAGCAACGAUAAUGCGAAUAGCAGCGGUAACAGUGCCAGUAACCAAGCGAAUACUUUACCAGCGGCCAAACGGCGAGGCCUUAAUGCGAUAGUAAUUCCCACAUGUACUACACAAACACCACAAGCUGCAGAUUUAGCUUCACUUUUCGAAUGCCCGGUGUGUUUUGAUUAUGUAUUGCCGCCCAUAUUGCAAUGCCAAAGCGGCCACCUCGUAUGCAGUAAUUGCCGCCCUAAACUUACCGGAUGUCCGACAUGUCGUGGACCUUUGGGUAAUAUACGAAACUUGGCUAUGGAGAAGGUAGCCAGCACAAUCAUGUUCCCGUGUAAAUAUUCGUCAUCCGGCUGUUCGCUUUCUUUACUGCAUACCGAGAAAGUCGAGCACGAGGAGAUGUGCGAAUGGAGACCGUACACUUGUCCUUGUCCUGGAGCUUCGUGUAAAUGGCAAGGAGGCUUGGAGCAAGUUAUGGCUCAUCUUAUGAUGUCUCAUAAGUCUAUAACCACGUUGCAAGGUGAAGAUAUCGUUUUCCUAGCUACCGAUAUCAAUCUACCUGGUGCUGUCGAUUGGGUAAUGAUGCAGUCUUGCUUCGGGUACAAUUUCAUGCUGGUUUUAGAAAAGCAAGAGAAGUACGAAGGGCAUCAGCAGUUCUUCGCAAUAGUACAACUAAUCGGAUCUCGUAAACAAGCCGAAAAUUUCGCUUAUAGAUUGGAAUUAAACGGUCCUCGUAGACGAUUAACGUGGGAAGCUACUCCGAGGAGUAUUCACGAAGGAGUCGCCACAGCCAUUAUGAAUUCCGAUUGUUUGGUCUUCGAUAUCAGCAUGGCUCAGUUAUUCUCGGAUAAUGGUAACUUAGGUAUUAAUGUCACCAUAUCGAUGGUAUGAGCGAAGAUUUUCCCCGUGUAAACUGUAAACUACCCACCGGCACCGCACUAUACUAUAAAGAUGUUGAUUUACAUCACGAAAUAGUACCUUGUCUGUUGCAAUUUUUCCUUUUAACGUGUUUCUUCUUCUGUUUUUUUUUUAAAAUGAUGAAAAUUUUUAAUUAACACUGGUCUUUUUUUUUUUAAACAAAUCUUGUACAUAGUUAUUAUGUUACUGGUUUAAGUCGAUGAAGUUUGAUUCAUGGUGUGAGAUAUGCAUAGCGGUAUGAGUACGAUUCAGAUUCACGUUUUAGUCUCGUAUCUAUUCUAUUCGAUCGGAAUUUCGAAGAUAAUUACUUAACAAGUUUCAAGAACAACAUCCGUCCUGAACACUGCCGAUCCUUACGACGAUGAGACAAACUGAUCUAUACGAAUCCCCGAAUACCGCUUCUUUUUUCUUUGUCUUUGUAUACUUUGUUUUGUUUGUUGUUGUUUUUUUUUUAUUACUCAGGAAAAUGUUCCUUGUUUUUUUUUUUAACGACUUAUGGUCUCUUACUAGUCAUUGCAGUGGUUAAAACCAUCAUUCGACGAAACAGGCGUGUAAUGUGAUAAUAUCGCGAAGAUCGAUGGCGAGAAUUUUUUCAUCUUUGAUAACGCCAACGCCGGCUAAAAUUUUUUUUAAAUCGAAAUAUCGGUGAUUGAAAAAAAGCAUAGGUUAUGGAUGGAUUGGAUAUAUAAGUCGUCUAGAAUAUUGUAAAUAACAGGGAUCGUGGGUUAAAUGUUAAAUCAGGCCCUUACCGAUUUCUUUUUAUUUGUUUUUCCUGUUGAAUUUUUCGUAGGUAUUCAUUAAUGUGUAGGGCUGUGAAUGUAUAAUUCAAUCGAGGAGAAUUUACUAUACGAGUACGGUUUUCCGAGCUUCGGCUUGCGUAACAAAACAAUCGAACGUACUGCGUGUUGAUAAUACAAUAAUAAUUGAUACCGAUAUUGUGUUACUUGGCCUAUGUUAACGUAAUGCGUAUGUUUGUAAAUUCUCUAUUGAAAUUAUAAUCACCAUUAAGUAAUUAUAUAAGGAUGCGAAGAGCUUCAAGAAUAGGUUUACAACUUUGUAGAAUAAUUUAAAUUUAUCUUAUGUAUUUUACGUAUUAAUUCGGUGUUUACUUUUGUAGGUAUCGAUUGAAAUCUUUCGAUAUCGUGUUUCCAUUUUCCCGCAAUAUAUUGUAUGUAUAUUUACUGACACAGUUCUUCUGAAGAACUGUCAUCACCAUACUAUAUACUUUUUUUAGUGUGAUUGUAUUAUCGAAGUAUGUUAUUUAUACGAAGAAGAAAAAAUAUCUAAAACAAUCGUACGUGAUUGGUGAAAUUUUUAAAUAUGUGUUUUCAUUUCUUUUCUUUUUUUUUCUUUUUUUGGUCCUAAUGUAUUACUACAUACCAAAAGGCACUACGUAAUGAUGUAAAUAUUGUAACUAUUAAUCUUUGAUUAUGUGAACAUUUUCAUUUAUAAACCAAAGAAAUAUAAUUUCUUUAUUUUA